AUGGCUUCCGCAGACGAGCUCAAGGCUCUCGGCAACAAGGCCAUUGCCGAGAAGAACUUUGACGAGGCUGUCGCCAAGUUCACCGAGGCCAUUGCCCUCCAACCCGAGAACCACAUCCUCUACAGCAACCGUUCGGCCGCUUACGCCUCCAAGAAGGACUGGCAAAAGGCGCUGGACGACGCGAACAAGACGACAGAGAUCAAGCCCGACUGGCCCAAGGGCUGGGGACGCAAGGGAACCGCGUACUACGGCCUGGGCGACCUGCUCGCUGCCAACGACGCCUACGAGGAGGGACUGAAGGUCGACCCCAACAAUGCCGGCCUGAAGAAGGAUCUCGCCGCUGUGCAGAAGGCCAUGAAGGCGGAAGCUGGUGGUGACGCCGGCGACCCGGGUCUCGGCCUCGGCAACAUGUUCAACGACCCCCAGCUCCUCCAGAAGCUCGCCGCGAACCCCAAGACGAGCUCGUUCCUCUCCGACCCCUCUUUCAUGGCCAAGCUCCAGCAGAUGAAGGAGAACCCCAAGGCCUCCCCCGACCUUUUCAGCGACCCCCGCAUGCUGCAGGUCCUCGGCGUCCUCAUGGGCGUCGACAUGCAGAUGGGCAUGCCCGACGAGAUGCCCGGCGGCUCCAAGGACACCGAGAUGCCCGACGCCCCCGCUCCCCAAGCAAAGCCCGCUGCCCCCAAGAAGGCGCCCACCCCCGAGCCGGAACCCGAGCCCGAAGAGCUGGACGAGGAGGCCCUGGAGAAGAAGAAGGCCAAGGAGGCCGCCGACAAGGAGAAGGCCCUGGGCACUGAGAACUACAAGAAGCGCAACUUUGACGAGGCCAUCGAGCACUACACCAAGGCCUGGGAGCUGCACAAGGACAUCACCUACCUGAACAACCUGGGCGCCGCCUACUUUGAGAAGGGCGACUACGAGAAGGCCAUCGAGGCGUGUACCAAGGCCGUUGAGGAGGGCCGCGCCAUCUACGCCGACUUCAAGAUGAUCGCCAAGUCGUACGCCCGCAUCGGCACCGCGUACGAGAAGCAGGGCAACCUCGACCUCGCCAUCGAGAACUACAAGAAGUCGCUGACGGAGCACCGCACGCCCGACGUCAACGCCAAGCUGCGCGCCGCGGAGCGCACCAAGACGGAGCAGUCGCGCCUCGCGUACAUCGACCCGGCCAAGGCUGAGGAGGCGCGCGAGGAGGGCAACAAGAAGUUCAAGGAGAGCGACUGGCCGGGCGCGGUGGCGGCGUACAGCGAGAUGAUCAAGCGCGCGCCGGACGACCCGCGCGGCUACAGCAACCGCGCCGCGGCGUUUGUCAAGCUGCUCGAGUUCCCCAGCGCCGUCGAGGACUGCAACACGGCCAUCAAGAAGGACGCGACCUUCAUCCGCGCGUACAUCCGCAAGGCGCAGGCCUUCUUCGGCAUGCGCGAGUACUCCAAGUGCGUCGACGCGUGCACCGAGGCGGCCAAGGUCGACCUCGAGCACCACAAGGGCGCCAACGCGCGCGAGAUUGAGCAGCAGCAGCAGAAGGCGUUCAACGCCAUGUACUCGGCGCGGGAGAACGAGACGGAGGACCAGACGCGGGAGCGCCUGGCCAAGGACCCCGAGAUUAUGAGCAUCAUGCAGGACCCCAUCAUGCAGUCCAUCCUCCAGCAGGCGCAGUCGGAUCCGGCGGCGCUGACGGAGCACAUGAAGAACCCCGAAAUCAGGUCAAAGAUCCAGAAGCUGGUGGCGGCGGGAGUUAUCCGCGUCGGUCGGUAA